CAAAAGAUCCCUUUUGUGGUUGGUCGUACGCGGCUUCUAUUGAGAAUAUUUUUUGUUAGGUUUGAAGAUGUUGUUGGGUGUUUGUAAGCAAUAUGUGAGGUAGGUAGUAGAAGCCGUUCACCCUGCAGCGCGCUCGUGUCUGUUGGCAGCGCAGGGAACGCUGUGCUGUACGCUGCGCGCUGCGCCGCCGCCGCGCCAACAAGUGACACAAUUUGGGUUGGGGUAAAGCGGCCGGCGCUUUCGGGCGGUGUACACGUUUCGUUAGCUUCUCUAUUUUAAAAACUACUUGCUUGACGAUAUCCGGGAAGGGACCGACCGCAUCACCGCGGCGUCGACUCUACACCACUGUCACUCAUUUUCGAUGCAGUCGACCUGCGUACGCGUCGCUGGUCGCUUCGCGCGCACGCGCGUCCGCCUUUAUGCACUUAACACAUUUUGAUAGUUAAUAAGUUUUAACGUGCAAAGGUAAAUGAACUUAUUAUAAACAAAGUGCCUUUUUUCAAUCAGAGGAUGUAUGAUACGCAGAGGUGAUAUUUGUGGUGCCAGUUGAUAAUUUUUAGUUACCAUGAGCGGGAGGGAAGGCGGAAAUGCAGUUCCCUCUUCAAGUGCAGCGGGCGCGAGCGGCAGCGCCGUCUUAGGGGUGACGCGCCGUGGACGGUGUAAGUGGUUCAACGUCGCGAAGGGCUGGGGGUUCAUUACCCCUGACGACGGCGGGCAAGAUGUUUUUGUGCACCAGAGCGUCAUUCAGAUGCCAGGAUUCCGGUCUCUUGGCGACGACGAGGAGGUUGAGUUCGAGUGCAAAGAGUCCGACAAGGGGCUCGAGGCGACGCGUGUCUCCGGCCCUUCAUCUGUGGACUGCCAAGGAUCACAUCGACGCCCACUCGCCAAGAAACGGUUCAGAAAGAUACGUUGCUAUAACUGCGGCGAGUUUGCUAACCACAUAGCGGCCAAGUGCACCAUCAGCCCACAACCAAAGAGAUGUCACAACUGCAAGAGCGAGGACCAUCUUAUCGCCGACUGUCCAGUUAAGCUGGAAAAAAAGAGGGACGACACCACCAAGAGUAGUUCGAGCGGCUCUCAGGGAGGGCAGCAGGACAGUCCACCGCACUCGUAACUCCAUACACACAUCCCCCGUAUUCCAAGACCCCACGAAACUUUUACAUUAUCUAACGGCAUUUCUUCGUUCUUACUUUAACUAUGUUAUAACGUUUUAUAAAUUUAGACAAAGCUUAUUUCCGUCUAGAUACUCCAUUCCAAAACGAAACGACUUAAUUGAAUUAACAGGUUCUAUUACGAAAAUAUUUUAUAAUUGCCAAACUACAUAUGUGUAACCAAAUGUUAACUAACUUAACGCAUCUACCUCACUAUAGUUACAGUUAAACUAUACAAAUAAGUACAAGACUGAUCGGUACAAAUCCAUAAUUCUAGUACAAACUAUACAAUAUAUACAUUUUGAUAAUUUUAAUGAUAGUAAUAUUACAAGCUAAGUUUUCAAACGUAACGUAAGUACAAAUUUUAUGUGUUCGAGUGACCUUAAUUAUUUUACGUAUAUUGGUGUUUAUCCAAAGUUAAGUGUGUGUUUAUAUUAUUAUUUUGUUGCUAUAUUAUAUUAUGACAAACUUUAUGUUAGUUCUAGCUCAUAAAUAACGUAACGACAAGUUAUAAGAAGUAUUAUAACUGGCUAUGAAGCAAACCAUGAGAGAAACAUAUGCUAACAGAUAAACAGUGGAAACUUGUCAAUAUCAGAGGUGAAAAGAAUUAUGAGAUAUUUGACUGCCUCGUCGCUGAGCUUGAGGUCCUAGGUUCGAUUCCCAGGUCGUGCAAAGUAUUAUUAUGUUUUUCGAAUGAGAAAUUCAAAGCAGAGGCACGAAGUCUGGAUUUUGUCCGGUGUGUGAGAAUAGAUCCAUUGCAGGGAAUAACAUUAUUGGUGGAAAUUUCGAGGUGUCCUAUACAUGCGUCUUGUUGAACCUCUUUGGGGGAAAUAUAGACAUGAAUCUGGAGUACCU